UCCCCUCCUCUCCUUAUCCCACACCCCAAUGUCCUCCCCCCCCCGGCCGGAGCUUCUACCCCACCACCACCUCCUCCUUCCACUACCAACACCAUCUUCGAACUCCCAUUGCACUGAAAACACGGCAAGAAUUUUGCUUCUUCGCACCCUUCGCAAACCGACCCGACCCGACCCGCUUCUUGGGCAGACCAUCUAGAAUCUCCCCCAACAACCCCUCCUCCACAAUUUUCACCUCCUCAGAUCCGCCCAUAUAUCCGCGGUUUUCAGGGUCUGAAUCGAGAAGGGUAUCGACGGCGGGAGCGGCGAGAACCGGAAGCUGUUGGGUCGAGGUCGGCCAUGAGCUCAGAUCAAACGGCAACCGGAAACAAAUCCGUUCUUCGCACUUGGCCUGUAGAUCAGAGGUAUGGACGGAGGCAGCUUCCCGAGAGAUGAAGGAGUGGAUAUAGAAGAGUGCGGCGGUGAGGCCGAAGAUGAGAUCGGUGGAGAGGGGCAGCAGAGAAUAGGUGGACUCGGAGAGGAGGAUAUAGUAGCGGCCCUUGACUAGUGGGUCAGCGUCCAAGGAGGUCGCCGACUGGUGGACGACGGCGACCCAACCCGCCCCUGCGCCUCCGAUUGACAAGCUUAAAUCCAGCUCAAUCUAGCCACAUCUCUCUCUUCCUCUGGGAUUGAAACUUAAGCAAGAAAAUAACAAAAAGCCCACAGGAUUCGACAGCGCCUCUCUCUCUCGACCCAAAGCUCCUCACUCUCGACAAAUGUCUCCCCAAAACCAAAACCAAACCCUCCCUCUCCCAAAUCCUCACUCUCUCGACAGCAUCUCCCCAGAACCUAGACCUCUCUCCUCUCUCCCUCUAUCUUCUACACCUAUAACCCAAAUCCAUCAUGCAUAUUACUUCGAAAAGUAGGUGGUCUCCGACGUCUCGAACCAGGUUGAUGCUAGCUUGUGGGUUCUGGUGCAUCCCUACUUUGAUUCUUUCAAUGGUGCAGAUCGACAAGUUGAGUUUGAGUUGGCCUACUUAUCUCUUCCCCGAGGGCACUGAUUCUGUGAUUGGCCUAACAGCAAUGAUGUGUGACUAUUACUCUAUGCUGAUUCACAAUAUCAUUAGAGGUGACAAUGUGCUCCCCAUUCAUCUCUGCUAUUGGGCUGAUGUAAUUGUGAUUGCUCCUCUGUCAGCACACACACUAUCAAGGAUUACGCUCACGUUGCAAGGGCUGUUGUUGUUCAUAAAUUUUGUCACGUUGGUUCGUUCGCUUUCAUUGGCGGUGGCUCUGUGGAAAAGAGCUCAGCAUCUGGAGGGUCUACGACGUCAUGGAUUCACAGUGGCAGAGGAAGCUCUCAAGGGACAAUUAUGGCGCCUCCGUGAUCCCCAAGGGAAGCCACCAGGUGUAGUGGGAUGGUGGCCUUCAAGAGCUGUGAUCAACAUUUUUAAAAUGAUAGACUUAGCAGGAAAAGAUGGCAUUGCCAAGGUUGGGGGCCAGGAAGUGUAUACAUGCAAUAAAGCAAGGCUUUGUUCCAAUGAGGCCAUGAGAGCGGCAGAGCUUGUAAAGCUAGACUCGCUAAAUAAAUUUCUGGAUGUAUAUUGCUAGGAGAGUACCAUUAGAUCUACUCCUUUUGUAGAUAAAAGAUUACCUUUGCACAAUCCAUUUUGGUACUUGAUGUGGAUUAUAGCAAUUUCUUCUAUAUAUUACUGUUAAUAGUAUUUUUUAUUCCA